AUGUCAAGAUUACUAUAUCAGAUAAGGAUAAAUUCCAUACGACCACGUCUAAUAUAUCAUCAACAAUUACGUCAUUUCAUAAAUUCAUCUACUUUGUAUAAAGAUGAGAAGUCAAAGCAAAUGCUUAAAAUACUAGGGGUAUCAUUACAAGAAGGUAAAAUAGAAAAUAAUGAAGAAAAAGAAGAAGAAGAGGAGACAAACCAGAAACAACAAAACACUAAAUCACAAACACAAGAAGAAGAAGAAGAUUUUCUAGAUUCUACUCCACAAUUACCUGAUUAUGAAUCAAUAUCUAAUAUGUCAAACAAAGAAUUCUUAUAUCAAUUAGCAUUAGAUGGUAAUCGACCUUUUAUGUCACAUGAAAAUAAAAAUCGAAUAGAUUCUAAAAAAAUUUUAAAACAAAUUCCAGAUCAAAUUAAUUUACAAGAUACAUCUGAUCUUUCUAUGACCAAAAUUAAUGAAAUUUAUGAAAAUUUAAAAAAAUUAGAUUCAAAUAAAGAAAUGCAUGAAAAAUAUCUCAAAAGAUAUUUUUAUGAUUAUAAUAAUGAUUUAAUUUUAUUAGGUCAAACUAUUAGAGGUAUUCAAACAAAAUUUAAAAUGUUAAGAAGAAAUGAAAUUGAUAAAUUUAAUCCUGAAAAUGUAAUAUAUGAAUAUAUUAAUGAUAAAAUGAAAUUACCUUAUAAUGUCGUGGGAUUUGAUAGAAGUUUAAUUGGUUUACCUAUUCGAGAGAACUUAGAUUCCAAAAUUUAUCCAAGAGAAUUUAUACAAGAUUUACCAUCCUAUAGUAAUAAAAUUAAUGUUAAAAAAUUUGAUUUAAAUUUCAUGGAAAAAGAUGGUUCAAUAAAUAUUGAUCCAAAUAGAGUUACAUCUCUCAAAGAAUUAUAUGAUUAUGAAAAUAAAAAUUAUAAUUCAGAUAAAGGUGGAAUAUAUUCACAACCAAAUAAUCAAGUCAAUAAAAUAACUCAUGAAUAUCUUAGUAAUAAAUUAGGUAUACCUAGAAAUUAUAUUCAAAUUCCAAAUACAGAAGAUUAUAAAAGAUUAAAAUUAAAUAAUCAUCAAAUUACAAAUAGAAUUGAACAAGAAAUAAGAAUAAUGAAAAAUUUAUUAAUGAAAGAAAUUAAAACAACCAUUGAAAAUUCAAAUGCAGUACUUUUAUCAAAUAAAGAUGAAAAAAUAACAAAUGAUUAUAUAAAAUCAAAUUCUUUUAUAUUAUGUGAAAUUAAAAAUACAAAACAAGGUACAAUAUAUAUUUGGAAAAGUUUUAAUAUUUUACCAAUAUAUUUUUUAUUACCAUUAAAUAAAAGAAGAGAAAGAAAUUUAAAAAAUCAUUUGUUCAAGCUAUUCUUGUUGAAUCUUGAAGAUAAAAUUGACAUAUUAUUUAAAAUUAAAUAUGAUUCCAAAAGAGAUUUUCAAAAAUUUAUGAAAAUUUUAACUAAAAAUAUUGGUCAUACUAUAAAAUUUAGAUUAUGGAGAUAUUUUAAAUCUAUUAAAUCAAAUUUAAAUAAUAGAUCUUCAUUAUCUUCAACUUCUCCAAUUGCUAAAACUUCAUCAUUAUCUUCAUCACCUUUAUCAUCAUCACCUACUUUUAGUUCAUCUAUUCAAUUACCUUUAUUAAAACAAAAUUUUAUUAAAAAAGAUGCUAUAAUUUAUCAACCUUUUAAAAAUCAAUUUUUUAAAAGAAUUUAUUGGAUUAAAAAACCAAAUAAUAAUAAAGUUUUAAGAAAAACUAAUUUGAAAGUUAAUUAUGCUAAUAUUAAUGAUGAAUUGAUUGAAUGA